GAACAAUUCCAAAACUACCUUCGCUCUCUCUUCUUUCUCUCUCACCUCUCUCUCUUCUUUCUCUCUCACACACAACACACAGUGUUUUCUCUUCUGAAAAUUUUAAAAAUGCGCACUUGCUUCACUGCUUAUCCUGCGCACCACCGGAGAUGAAACCAGCAUCGGAGUACAUGACAAGAAUAUCGAGGUACAGGAGGUGGUCCCACUGGUAGGAGGAGGAAAGAUCGACGGCUGAGAAUGAAACUCGAAAGUCUAAAUGUUAACAUGGACGGCCAGAAAAGCCAGGCGAAGCUUACUAGGACCAACUCUUCACUCCUCCGCUCUUCACCCACCAUCCGAUCAUCAAUCCACAGCUUAUCUUCUGUGAGCGAGAUCCCACCUGACCAGGAAACUGAUAUCGAGGAGCAGAAGCCCCAUAGCAAACCCGUCUCGAAACCUCCAGUUAGGUCCGGUUCAGCUCCUCUCGCACCGGUUCUCGUCAUCCUCUUGCUCUCUGUGUACACCUUUGUCUCUUUUUUCAAUAGGGACGACAUUCCCACCUCAGAAAACUUACUCUUAGCUUUAAUCUUGAUCGCGGUUUUACUAUUCUUAGUCUCCAGAAACAAGUCUUUCGUGAACAAAAAUUUUAACUUGUGCAAGCAAUUAUGUGAUGAGUAUGCAAAAAGACUCGGGCUUUCUUGUUUUGCCUCCAAAACCCAUUCAAAACCGGUGCAAUGGUUCAUAGGGGAGUCUAAUUUAAACAAAUUGGAAACGAAACCUCAAAGCAAGAAGGAGAAUGGUGUUCAAAAGAUUAUAAGAGAAGGGGUGGAGUUUUACAGCAAUGGUGAUUUCUAUGAAGGUGAGUUCCACAAGGGAAAGUGCAAUGGUAGUGGAGUGUAUAAUUACUUUGUGAAUGGAAGGUAUGAAGGGGACUGGAUUGAUGGGAGGUAUGAUGGUUAUGGGAUUGAGAGUUGGGCAAGAGGGAGUAGAUAUAAAGGGCAGUAUAGGCAGGGUCUGAGGCAUGGAUAUGGAGUGUAUAAGUUCUAUACAGGGGAUACGUAUGCUGGAGAGUGGUGUAAUGGUCAAAGUCACGGUGUUGGGGUGCAGACUUGCGCUGAUGGGAGCUGUUACAUUGGGGAGUUCAAGUGCGGUGUUAAACACGGCCUUGGAUGUUACCAUUUCAGGAAUGGAGAUCGAUACGCUGGGGAGUAUUUUGGAGAUAAAAUCCACGGUUUUGGUGUCUAUCACUUCGCCAAUGGUCAUUAUUAUGAAGGAUCAUGGCAUGAAGGGCGGAAGCAAGGGUAUGGCAUGUAUACUUUCCGAAAUGGCGAGACAAGAUGUGGUGAAUGGGAUGGUGGCAAUCUCAGGACUCGCCUUCCCCCUCUGACCGAUGCCGUUCUUCGAGCCGUUCAGGCCGCUAGAAAAACAGCAGAAAACGCGAUCCACCUUCGCCGGGUGGAUGAACAGGUGAACAAGGCCGUGGUGGCUGCCAACAGGGCUGCCACAGCCGCAAGAGUUGCUGCAGUCAGAGCCGUCCAAAAUAGGAUCGAUGGAAAAUUUUGCGAUACUAACAUUUAAGAUAACAAGCAUUGCUGGUAAAUGUAAAUUUACUAAAUUUCAAUACAAAAGCAACGAAUUGAGCACCCUGGCGAGCUGAAAGCGCACUGGUGGUGGUCGAGAGUAUGUUGAGAUUUGGUUUGACUACGCUGUAACUUGUACAUAGAUCCCAUGUAUACAUCAGUGAAAGAUCAAAUUUUCAGCAAAGAUCCUUUUCUUGCUCCAGUCCACUUGCCAUAAGGCUUGUUUUUCUUUUGGGUGGAGUUGAACAAUGGGGUUCCAUUAUUAUGUUCUUCUCUGCAAUAAUGAGUCCAAAACAAUGACCUCAGGUUGUCUCUCAAA